UCAUUCUUUGAGCCAGCAAAAGCGAGUCCACAAGCACAUGGUAUAACCAUUCAUCUGUUACUCUGCUUGCCAAUAUCAUUACAUAACAGUAUCAUUAACUCUUGUUUUUAUUGCUUUCAACAAGUUACCAACUCACCUGUUGAUAAUUUAUUUCCUUUAUUCAUUUUUAUAUUUUUUUCCUUCAGUGACAUGAGAUCAAGGUUCCACUUCCACCUCAAAAACCAGUUUCUAGCUUGUACAAAACCCUUUUGACCCUUUUUUUUUUCUUCUCUUUCUUUUUCUACAUCUUUUUCUCAGUAAAUAAAUAAAAGUAUUGCAUAAAAAAAUCUAGGACAAUAUCAAUUACUAAGGUUGUCAUUAGAGGUUUAUACCAGGUUGUCCUGAGCUAGAUUUGUGCUGAACAUGAGUUUGAUCUUCUCCUUUCAUCAUUUGCAUUCAAUCCGUUUCAAUAUAACAAAAGGGUAGUUCAGAUUUUUCUUAUGCUCUAUGGUUUGGGUCUUCCUGGUUCUGGUGGAGCUUUGAAGGUAGUAAAUUUAAAGCGUUCUUCCCAAGGCUGCAAAGAGAAAAAUUGAAAGAGAAAAGAAAAAUACAUCAUAAUCAGUGGUUUUCUUUGAAUAACUAGACAUGUGGGAUUGUAGAGAACUUGGCUUAUUUAUCUUUGCCUUAUCAAUCUUUCCCUUGGUAUGUUUUUCUGCCAGCUUUGUUCCUAUAGACAAUUACCUUAUAGAUUGUGGAGCAUCUUCCAAUACUUCAAUAGGUAGCAGCAAUUUCACAGCUGAUAGUUUCUUCAAGAAUUUCCUUUCCACUAAACAAGAUAUUCUUGCCAAUACUACUUCCUCUAAUGAUUUGCCACUCUAUCAAACGGCAAGAAUUUUCACUGCAUCCUCAAAGUACACAUUUCCUAUUAACAAAAAGGGGAGACAUUGGAUCCGUCUUUAUUUCUUUCCAUUUGCAUAUGAAAAUUACAAUUUGGGUGCUGCAAAUUUUGCUGUUACCACCCAAAACAACAUCCUUCUCAGUAACUUCAGUGUGCAGAAAAAUCCUGUAAUGAAGGAGUAUUCUGUUAAUGUGACCUCAGAUACACUUGUGAUCACCUUUACCCCUUCCAGCAGCAAUUCCAUUGCUUUUGUGAAUGCCAUUGAAGUUGUUUCAGUCCCUGAUGACCUCAUUAUUGAUGGUGCUAACACCGUAAAUCCACCAGCAAGCUACUCUGGGUUGUUGACACAGGCAUUGGAGACAGUUUUCAGGGUUAACAUGGGUGGUCCAACUGUGUCCUCUGGCAAUGACACCCUUCAUCGAAAUUGGGUUCCAGAUCAAAGCUUCCUUAUACAACCUAACCUUGCCAGUUAUGUUUCCAACAUUGGUGCUGUUAAAUAUGUAGGUGUUUUAACAGAAAAUACUGCUCCACCUACUGUCUAUGGUACUCUAACACAGAUGAACUCAAGUGGUGAUCCCCGUAGUAAUUUCAAUGUGUCCUGGGAGUUUGAUGUGGAACGUGGAUUUCAGUACCUUGUUCGACUUCACUUCUGUGACGUAGUUAGUAAAGCUCUUAAUGAACUCUACUUCAAUGUUUACAUUAACUCUUGGUUGGCUACUAAGGAUCUUGAUCUUAGUAUAAAAAAUAAUAAUGUUUUGGCUGCUCCAUAUUACAUGGAUUUGGUUACAUCCCCAUCUGUCAGAAAUAAGAUUCUUGUGAGUAUUGGCCCUUCUACUCUGGAUGGUGAUUAUCCUAAUGCUAUUUUGAAUGGUCUUGAGAUAAUGAAAAUGAACAACUCUAUGAGCAGUCUCAGUGCAUCAACAGUUGUGCCUGUGACAAGUACUUCUGGUUCGAAUUCUAAGAAAGUUGGCAUGAUUGUGGGUGUGAGUCUUGGGGCAUUUAGUGCAGUGGUCUUGCUUGGAGUUUUCUUUGUACUAUGCAGGAAAAAAAGAAGGUUGGCACGACAAGCGCAUUCAAAGACAUGGAUUCCCUUAUCAGACAAUGAUGGAACUUCUCACAGUAUGGGAAGUAAAUAUUCUAAUGGCACAACAGCAAGUGCUGCUUCAAACUCUGGAUAUCGCAUCCCUUUUGUGGCUGUUCAGGAGGCUACAAACAAUUUUGAUGAGAGUUGGGUUAUUGGCAUUGGUGGUUUUGGUAAAGUAUACAAAGGAGAAUUAAAUGAUGGCACUAAAGUUGCAGUUAAGAGGGGAAAUCCGCGGUCACAGCAAGGGCUUGCAGAAUUCAGAACUGAAAUUGAAAUGCUGUCUCAGUUCCGCCAUCGCCAUCUGGUAUCAUUGAUUGGAUAUUGUGAUGAAAAGAAUGAAAUGAUCUUGAUAUAUGAAUAUAUGGAGAAGGGAACUCUCAAGAGUCAUCUUUAUGGUUCAGGUCUCCCAAGCUUGAGUUGGAAGGAGAGACUUGAGAUAUGCAUUGGAGCAGCUAGAGGACUUCAUUACCUUCACACUGGCUAUGCUAAAGCAGUUAUUCACCGCGAUGUUAAGUCUGCAAAUAUCUUGCUUGAUGAGAACCUAAUGGCCAAAGUUGCUGAUUUUGGACUAUCAAAGACUGGUCCUGAAAUUGAUCAGACUCAUGUGAGCACUGCUGUCAAAGGGAGUUUUGGUUACCUUGAUCCUGAGUAUUUCAGGAGGCAACAGUUAACAGAAAAGUCAGAUGUGUAUUCAUUUGGGGUAGUUCUGUUUGAGGUUCUUUGUGCAAGACCUGUUAUAGAUCCAUCCCUUCCUAGAGAAAUGGUGAACUUGGCUGAAUGGACAAUGAAAUGGCAGAAAAGAGGGCAAUUGGAGCAAAUCAUAGAUCCAACACUUGCAGGGAAAAUAAGACCAGAUUCUCUUAGGAAGUUUGGAGAAACUGCUGAAAAAUGCUUGGCUGAUUUUGGUGUUGAUAGGCCUUCUAUGGGAGAUGUCUUGUGGAAUUUGGAGUAUGCUCUCCAACUUCAAGAGGCUGUUGUUCAAGGUGAUCCUGAAGAAAACAGUACCAAUAUGAUUGGUGAACUCUCUCCACAGAUCAACAAUUUCAACCAUGAAGCAAGUGUUUCUGCAGCACAAUUUGAAGCUUCAAGUCUAGAUGAUCUGUCUGGUGUUUCUAUGAGUAAGGUAUUCUCACAGCUGGUGAAAUCUGAAGGGAGGUGACUUUGAAUAUUAUAUCUUCUAAAUUUUGCAUUACAUUACUCUUCUUUUAUGAAUUUUGUGGUUUGUGUUAUGAACAGUAGUUCUCUGCUCCCUCAUAGAGGGUUGAGGCACUUUAUAGACUUGUAAAGAAAGGCCAAGUUAAUAGAACAUGUUUGCUUAAUUUUGGUAAAC